AUGGGCUCACGCAGGGUCACAGUGAAGGUUGAGUUCCCCAAGGAAGGCGGUAUCUGGGGUGUAGUUGGAGGUCCCCAGUACGUUUUCCGGCCUCUCGAACCAGCAACCGCGGAACAAAAUCGAAUGGUGGAUGCCUCCGUACAGGUCUCUGGAAACGGUCUAGAUAACCUGAACGAACCUAGCCACUGCCAAGCGACAGACCGCGCAGACGCACACCAUUUCCCAGCAGGAGAACAUUCCUCGCCUGAAUCCGGAGAAGAGCCUGUACUCCCGCCCUCUCAACAUGGCAAGGCAGGUGGACAACAUAGCGGCCUUUCCCGGAUGCAGUCCGUGGAAGACAUUCGAGAUUAUCGGGGGAAAAAAGCCCAGUCUCGUGGCUACCAAGCCCUGCCUGAAUUGCGGACAGCCAACCUGAACAAUGGGUUGACCAGUGGUACCAAGCAAGCUGCAGGAUCAAAGCAAGACAAUGUUAUCUUCGGUCCUCUGGAAACCACUGAAGUUGACAGCUUCUUCAAUCCUGAGAUUCCACGGCUCAACCGGCAGAAUGGCUCAAGCACUGCAGCCCCCGAGGAACCUCACCGUCGGAAGAAAUCCGGAAAGAUGUGGACUAGCGAAGAAGAGACGAAACUAGUCCAAGCGUGGGUCCAGAAAAUCCCGUACGAGGACAUCGUUCGAGACAUUCUUCCAGAACGCACAGUAGCCAACUGUCGAGAACUGAUUGGUUUGUUGCGGUUUCUUGGGUUCAUCAUAGAGAUUCGUACCAUCGACUUCGUUGAGCGUGUUUGGUACGGUUCUACGUUCCACGAAGAAGGACGACAUUGA